UCGAGCUCUAGAAUCUCAGGUGGACACUGGAGGUGAAAACAUUAACAUAGAAGGGCAUUAUGGGUGUGAAAGCUCGCCAAAAUGCAACAGACUCUCCAAGAGCAGAGGUGGGAGAGAUAGACACUAGGACACCAUUCCAAUCAGUCAAAGCUGCAGUCAGCUUGUUCGGUGAAGGAGCCUUUUCAAAGGAGAAACCUGCCUUUAAAAAAUCAAAUUCUUUUUCUGCAGAGAGGGUAUUGGCAAAAGAGACACAACUUCAUCUGGCCCAGAAAGAGCUCAAGAAGCUGAAGGAACAGUUUAAAAAUGCUGAAACCACCGAGGCCCAAGCAUUUGCUGAACUUGAAAGGCCCAAAAAAAGGGUCGAGGAUUUAACCAACAAAUUGAAAAGUGUAAAAGAUUCCAAGGAGUCGGCAAUUAAGGCGACAGAAGUGGCGAAGAACCAAGCAAAGCAACUGGAGGAAGCAAACUCUGGCUGCCCUGUUGAAACUGACGGUGCUUGGAGACAGGAGUUGGAUAAAGCCAGAGAACAGUAUGCAGCCACCAUUUCUGAACUUGAUGCUGCCAAACAAGAACUCAGGAAAUUCCGUCAGGAAUUUGACUCAUCCGUGGAAGAAAAAUCUGCUGCAUUCCACCAACCAGCAGAAGCUGAAGUCACAGCCAAGGCUAAUGCAGAGAAGGCUGCUGAACUGUCAAAGGAGAUUGCAGCCACACAAGAAUCACUUGGGCAUGUGAAGCUGGCUUCUUUGCAAGCCCAGCAGGAGCAAGAAAAGACUCUUGAGGAAAAAAAUGUCCAAAGGCAGUCUUAUAGAGCUGCCCUGGAAGAAGCACAGAAGAAACUGCUAUCUUUGAAGAAAGAGUUUGAUCCUGAAAUCACCAGGAAUCUUGAAGGUAAGCUUGCUGAAACAGCUGCUGAGAUUGGGGCUUGACAAAAGGAGAUGGAAAAUGCCCGCGCUUCUGAUCUGGAUUCUGUAAGAACUGUGACUUAAGAGCUUGAUGGUGCUAAAGAGGUAUUGCAAAAAGUGGCAGAAGAAGAAAGCACUCUUAGGAGCUUGGUGGAGUCCCUUAAAGUGGAGCUGGAAGCAGUGAAGAAGGAACAUGCUGAACUAAAAGAGAAGGAAGCAGAAACCGAAUCUAUUGCUGGGAGCUUGCAUGUCAAGCUCCAGAAAAGUAAGGGUGAGCUUGAGGCAGCCCUUACUGAAGAAUCUAAAGCCAAAGGUGCUUCUGAUGAGCUGAUCUCUACCCUCCAACAGCUAUCGUCAGAAUCUGAAAAUGCAAGAAAGGAGGCAGAAGAAACGAAGAGCAAUGUUGAAGCGCUAAAGAAAGAAGCCGAAGCCACCCGGACUGCCCUGGAAGGAGCGGAAACGGCACUACAAAUUGCACUGAAAGAGGCAGAAGAAGCAAAGGCAGCAGAGGCAAUGGCCCUUGAUCAGAUUAAGUUAUUGUCUGAAAGAACAAACGCAACUCGUGCUUCAACAUCAGAAUCUGGUGCAAUGAUCACAAUCUCACAGGAGGAAUUUGAGUCUUUUAGCCGGAAAGUUGAGGAAUCUGAUAAAUUGGCUGAAAUGAAAGUAGCAGCUGCAAUGGCUCAGGUGGAAGCAGUAAAGGCUGGUGAGAAUGAAGCACUAAAGAGGUUGGAGGCAGGCCAGAAGGAGAUUGAGGAGAUGAAGGCUGCAACAGAGGUGGCUUUGAAGAGGGCAGAGAUGGCAGAGGCAGCAAAGAGGGCUGUUGAGGGAGGGCUACUGAGGUGGCGUGAAAGGGAGCAAAAGAAAUCUGCUGAAGCUGCUACUAGAAUUCUUGAUUCAGAGGUUUCUGCACUUUCAUCGACACAAAACGCCAUGGUUCAGAAGCAGAACCUACCAGAGAAGGUUGUUGGCGUCCGUAAGCUGGAUAAAGAAAAGACAUCUGUCUCAAAGAAGGUACUGUUGUCCAAUCUCAGUGGUAUCUUCCAUAGGAAGAAGAAGUAUGUUGAGGGUGGGUCUCACUCUUACCUCCCUGGGGAGAAACUCGUGUGAUUUUAGUUUUGAUUUUUUUUUGUUUUUGGUGUUUUUAUGGUUUGCUGAUGACUUGUGCAAGUGUGAAUGAUGUGAGGGGGAAGAAGGGAGACAAAGAAUAAGUGAUAGAAAAAAAAAGGGGGGGAGGGGGAGGGGGAGGGGGAAGAGAAAAACACCUCCAUGACUUGGUUCUGUAUAUUCUAGUUCUAGAACACUAGUAUAUAUGUUCUUUCUUUUUUAUGUUAAUAUCUGGAAGGGUAAAACUAUUAAUAAGACCAAGUUCUGAAGUAGAGAAAGAAGGCCUUUCAGUGGCAGAUGGUUUUUGUGAUCGACUCAUAUCCUUUACAAGGAAAGAACUUGUGGAGAAUUUUGGAAA